UAUGUCUUCUGAAUAUGCAAUGCAUGGACAUUAUUCAGAAAAAUCAGAUAUGUUUAGCUUUGGAGUUAUAAUUAUAGAGAUAAUUAGUGCAAAACGGAAUGCCCCUAGUUUUGAUUCACCGGAUUUUGCUGACCUCUUAAAUUAUGCUUGGAAAAAUUGGAUGGAUGAAAAAGUGGUAGAAGUAUUGGACUUUGAUAUAGAAAAUUCAUUUUCUUAUAGUGAAGUGGUUAAAUGCAUUCAAAUUGGUUUAUUAUGUGUGCAACAAAAUCUAGAUGAUAGACCAACAAUGGAAAGAGUUGUUUCAUAUCUGAGCAGUGUUCCAUCGGAGUUACCAUUGCCUCAAGAGCCUGCAGGUUUCACGCGUAACAAUAAUAAUACUACGGCGGGAUCCUCAAUCAAUGAUAUGACCAUGAGUCGUUUUUCUCCUCGAUAGUAUCCAUGAGAUGUUAACUCAAUGGUAAAAAUUUAACACUAUAAUCUCAAAUGAUGGAGUUCAAAUUCCCUCGGUGUUAGACAACUAUCUCCAUUUGAAAAGGAAUGGCUUUUACUCCAAGCAAAAUAACUUAUUCAGUAACAAUUCAGCUGG